AUGGUAUAUCAGAAAAUCAUUGCCAGAAAUGCCAGCCGUGACAGUGAACCACCCACUGAAGUCAGAGACAUUGAACCGCUCAAUGUGGUGAGUGACAGUAAACCACCCACUGAAGUCAGUGACAUUGAACCGCUCAUUGUGGUCAGUGACAGUGAGCCACCCACUGAAGUCAGUGACAUUGAACCGCUCAUUGUGGUGAGUGACAGUAAACCACCCACUGAAGUCAGUGACAUUGAACCGCUCAUUGUGGUCAGUGACAGUGAACCACCCACUGAAGUCAGUGACAUUGAACCGCUCAUUGUGGUCAGUGACAGUGAACCGCCCACUGAAGUCAGUGACAUUGAACCGCUCAUUGUGGUGAGUGACAUUGAACCGCCCAUUGUGAUGAGUGACAUUGAACCGCCCACUGAAGUCAGUGACAGUGAACCACCCAUUGUGGUGAAUGACAUUGAACCACCCAUUGUGGUGAGUGACAUUGAACCACCCAUUGUGGUGAGUCACAUUGAACCGCCCAUUGUGGUGAGUCACAUUGAACCGCCCAUUGUGGUGAGUGACAUUGAACCGCCCAUUGUGAUGAGUGACAUUGAACCGCCCACUGAAGUCAGUGACAGUGAACCACCCAUUGUGGUGAGUGACAUUGAACCCAUUGUGGUGAGUUACAUUGAACCGCCCAUUGUGGUGAGUGACAUUGAACCGCCCAUUGUGGUGAGUGACAUUGAACCACCCAUUGUGGUGAGUGACAUUGAACCACCCAUUGUGGUGAGUGACAUUGAACCACCCAUUGUGGUGAGUGACAUUGAACCGCCCAUUGUGGUGAGUGACAUUGAACCGCUCAUUGUGGUGAGUGACAUUGAACCGCCCACUGAAGUCAGUGACAUUGAACCGCUCACUGAAGUCAGUGACAGUGAACCGCCCAUUGUGGUGAGUGACAUUGCACCGCCCAUUGUGGUGAGUGACAUUGCACCGCCCAUUGUGGUGAGUGACAUUGAACCGCUCACUGAAGUCAGUGACAGUGAACCGCCCAUUGUGGUGAGUGACAUUGCACCGCCCACUGAAGUCAGUGAUAGUGAACCGCCCAUUGUGGUGAGUGACAUUGCACCGCCCACUGAAGUCAGUGACAGUGAACCACUAAUUGUGGUCAGUGACAGUGAACCAUCCACUGAAGUCAGUGACAGUGAACCGCCCACUGAAGUCAGUGACAGUGAACCGCUCAUUGUGGUGAGUAACAUUGAACCACUCACUGAAGUCAGUGACAGUGAACCACCCAUUGCGGUGAGUGACAGUGAACCGCCCAUUCUGGUGAGCAGAAUAGAUUUUAGGCGGGAUUACAAUGGCUUGUCGCCGUGGAGCGUAGGGAGAAAAGCCUGGCUUUAG